AUGAGAUUCGACUCUUUUGCUGUUAUUGCCUUGCUUGCCGCCUUGGCUCAAGCGGGAUUGUUACCCGUUAAAUUGCCCAUCCCCACCAAGUUGCCCGUGGUGGCUAUUCCAACCAAUGUAGCUGGUGCUAUCGCUGCUGCUACUGCCUUGCCUGCUGCUGUCGCUGGUGCUGUUCCAACAAAGAUUGCCGGUGCCAUCCCCACUAAUGUCGUUGGUGCCAUCGCGGGAGCUAUUCCAACCAAGAUCGCCGCUGCUAUCCCUACUAAUGUAGUCGGUGGUGUCGCGGGGGCCCUUCCAACGAACGUUGUUGGCGCAAUCGCCAGUGCCAUCCCAACCGCAUUGCCCAUUGCCCUCCCUACCAACUUGCCCAGUCUUGACAAAUUGCAAGGACUCAGCGAGGAAGCAUUGAAGAAGGAGCUUGCAGCAGGCUCGGCUAUCGCUGCCAAUUUCUUGAAUAUCUUGGGUGGUAGUGCCUCGGGCGCCGUUCAAGCCAAUUCCAACAGCGCAGCCGCCGCCGCUGCUGCUGUUAUUGGUGGUUCCCUUGGACCUGUUAGUGGUUCGGUUUCUGGCUCAAUUAGCGGCAAAGUUGGCAAGAGAGAGAACGACGAAGGCGAGGUCGAAAAGAGGGAUUCUGCUUUGGCCACUGCCAUUGCUAUUCAAUUGUUGAAGAAUUUGGGCUUUACUUUUAAGGGCGCCGUUGCUGUCAAGUCCACUUGA